AUGGCCAGCAACGAAUACUACCAGCAGGGCUACCCUCCUCAGCAGGGCGGCUACCCUCCGCAAGGCUAUCCUCCCCAGGGCUAUCCUCAGCAGCCCCAAGCUAGCUACGGUCCUCCUCAGGGGCAGUACGGCCCUCCUCAGGGUCAAUAUGGUCCUCCUCAGGGCCAAGCUCCCAUGCAGUACGAGCAGGCUCCUCCCCCGGAUAACCAGCGCGGUCGCGGCGGUGACCAGGGCUGCUUGAUGGGCUGUAUCGCCGCUCUGUGCUGUUGCUGCGCCAUCGAAGAGGGAUGCGAGUGCUGGUAUGUGGCUUUUCAAUCUCAAACUUUACCCCCUUUUUCCAAAACCUCUCCCCCCGCGACCUUGUUUGCGCCAAUCACUAAUACCAUGCCAGUAUCGAUCUUUGCGAAUGCUUCUUUUAAACUACCAAUCGACCAUAUCCGACAAUUACGAAAAGGAAAGGAAGAGUAA